AGGAAAAACAAAUGCGUAGAUAUGAAGAUUAGCCCUAAUGUUUUAUUGAGGAAACAACGUGAGAAAUGAAUCAAGCGUAUUAAAAUCCAAGAGUCAAAGAGUGAAUUUCAGGAUUCUUGGGAUUGUGUAUCCAGUAAUAGCAACCACAUAACUUUAUUAAAAUCGCUGGGAUACGUCAAAUGGUGGAGUAGUAAUGCCAAUGACCCCUGAAGAGACAGAACACCGCAUUCCCUUUCCAAUGGUAACAAAUACACUAAACUACAUUCACGCAGCAGGAAAAUUCGACUGUAUGGCAAUGUUUUUGGGACAACUAUACGGGAAGUUCUCGCGUUUAUGUUUAGAUUUCAUGCUUCAGACAAUUUUAUGCGAAUCUAAAAAUCGACAUCUGGGUGCAUUAUCACCAUGUACGAUCUACGAUGUAAUCUUCGAGUCGUUGCUACUCACGGGGCACUUCGUUACGCCACCGCUCAAAUGUUCUUUGUGGCAAUUAGGUGCCAGCUAGCGGGUAGCUGCACACAUUUUCUCUUAAGCAAUCUAUCAAUCUAUCAUAGUAAGUCUUUAUUAUUCAUGGCAAAGGAAAAAUGAAAAACGCCUUCUUCAGAAAGUCUGUGCACGCCACCGAGACGGGCUGUGCGUGCGUGCGCGCACGCAACCAUCCGUGUCCUAAAUGUGGACAUUCGUCUCAGUGUGCUUAGAUCAUUUCGGUGUUCAUCGUACAGCAAUGUUGCGCUGGUGUUGUUCAACGGAGGAGGAGAGGGCGGCCAUCGAGGUGGACAGAAAGAUAAAUAAAAUGCUCAGAGAGCACGCUCGUUUGCUGCGCCGGGAGUGCAGCAUGUGCAUAAUCGGCAUGGACAACAGUGGGAAAACCACCCUCUUCAGACAGAUGCAAAUGAUCCACGAAGGGGGCUAUUCUGUGCAGUCCCGGAAGGCCUUCGCCGAGACGGUCUUUCAGAACGUCUUCACUGCCAUCAAGGCCCUGACCAAGGCCAUGAUCACCCUCAACAUCCCCUACUCAAGCCCAGAGAACCAGCUGGACGCACAGUGGAUCCAGGACGUGGAGACGCGGCAGGUCACCACACUGGAAGCCCGACACACGGACGCCAUCCGCCGCCUCUGGGCCGACCCGGGUAUCAGGACCUGCUACGGCCGCCGUCGAGAGUUUCAGCUUCUGGACUCCACCGAGUACUUCAUGAACAACCUGGACCGCAUUGCUGCCCCGGGGUACGUCCCCACUGACCAGGAUGUGCUGAGGGCCAAAACGUCCGCCAACAAAUCUGUUGAGUAUUCCUUCGACACCGGAGAGCACUUCUUAAGGAUAUUUGAGCCUGAUUUAUUCCACAACCGCAGAUUCAGACACAUCAUGAUGGAGGCGAAUUUCUUCAUCUUUGUGGCCUCUCUCAGCGAAUACGACCAGUUUGGCCCCUGGUCGUCCAACCCCCCCGACCCCUUCGAGCACCUCGUAAGGGAAGGUGCGCAGUGUUUCUGCAGCUGUGUCAACAACGGCAUCUUCCAACACAUUCCUUUCAUCCUCUUCCUCAACAAGACGGACAUCCUGGCUGAGAAGAUCCAGACGUCCGACCUCCAGACCUACUUCCCCGAAUUCACAGGGAAAAAAGGUGAUGCUGAAGCAGCCAUGGACUUUAUCCGGGGGCUGUACCUGAGCAGGGUCCACGUGGAGAGUAAGCAAUUGUAUGUCCACUUCACCUGUGCCAUCGACACGGAGAGCAUCCGCCAGGUCUUCAACGACAUCAAGGGCAACGUCCUCAACAAGUACCUGAAGAACUGCCUUCUGUAGUGACCUCUGACAUGCUCUUCUCUCCUUGCUGGCACCAGUGUCACCAGCACGAGAUAUUACCAUAGAGCAGGGGUAGGUAACCCUGGACAUUCCAGAAACGUUCCUGGUCUUUUUCUCCACCAAAACCUCUAUAACUGCAAAAUUGUAUUCAUCAUUUGGGUUAAUGAACGCAAACGACCAUGUGCUGAAAUUAUUCAGCUGUUUCACUAUUCAGGCUCAUUCUUCUCAGACUCUAAAUAGUUAAUCAAUAAAGGUCUCGUAGUCAAGCUAGGAUGGAGUAAAAACCAAAAAGAUGAGCCAUCUUCUGGAAAUUUCUAUUCAGUUUCAGUUGAUGUUCAAAUCAUCAGAAAUACGUAAGGAACACGAAAGUCCACCACAUCUGGACUGGUUCACCGUAAUAUCUGCCAGCAAGCUCCUUGGACAUGGGGGUAUUUCCAGACUGAAAAUACCCCAGACAGCAAGCGACUCGGGGGCCGGAUCUGGGCUCCACAGCAUCCCACAUAUCCCCCCCCCCCCCACUGUUCCCCCUGUAAUAACUCAGUGAAGAGGAGGAGGACGAUCAGGCCUUGCUGUAAAACGGCACUUACUCCCGGGGGGGUCUCCCUUGAGUGACAUUUCAGCCGUGUCCCUCCCCUCUGUCAAGAGCCCACCCCCAUCCCCCUCGGCCCUUCCUCCCCUUCCUCCACUCUCCCCCAUGGACACUUCUGCUGAUUGACUGGCGUGAACAGGGCUGGAGGACGUUUGUGUCAGAAUUUACUUCAGGAGUUCUCCAGCUGAAUACAGCUCUCUCAUUUGAUGCCCGUAAUGGCUUGGGGUGGGGGGUGGGGGUCCUGUACUAUACAGAGACAGGUUCCACUCCCAGAGGGCUCCUUAUGGCAGAGUGAAUAUACUGCAAUGAAAUUUACUGUGUAAGAUAAUUGCAACACUUAGCCGUACAUGGGCAACUAUACGAAAUUUUGCCACGUUCACAUAUUGCACUAAUAUAUAUAUAUAAUAUAUCUGAAAAUAUAUUUACAAAUUCA